AUGGCCAAUCGAACUGUUUCGGACGCGAUCGCGGUACACGGAACGAAUCCUCAAUACCUUAUUGAAAAGAUAAUCAGAACGAGAAUUUACGAGUCCCUUUACUGGAAAGAGUCAUGCUUCGGUCUGACAGCCGAAACUUUAAUUGAUCGAGCAAACGGAUUGACAUCUUUUGGAGGUCAAUAUGGUAACCAGAAGCCUACCGAAUUUCUUUGUUUGACAUUAAAAUUACUUCAGUUACAACCAAGCAAAGAAAUUAUACUGGAGUUUAUUAGGAAUGAGGACUUCAAAUACUUGAGAGCUCUUGGCUCAUUUUACUUGAGACUUGUGGGAACCUCACUAGAAAUUUAUCAGAACCUUGAACCUUUACUGAAUGAUUAUCGAAAAUUACGAAAGCGGACAAUGGACGGAGAGUUUAUGAUAGUGUGUAUGGAUGAAUUUAUCGAUGAGCUAUUGCGUGAAGAAAGAGCAUGUGAUAUUAUAUUGCCGAGACUUACGAAACGAUAUGUGCUUGAAGAAAGUAAAGAACUAAAACCUCGGGAGAGCGUUCUUGAAGAGCUCUUGGAUGAGGACGACACAUCUUCUUCGGCCAAUGAGGAAGAGGGUUCAGCAUCUGAUACUCGUGAAGACAAACAAAGAAGCAAGGAAAGGAGCAGAAGUGUGAAUGAUGAUUCUAGGAGUGAAAGGUCGAGAAGCAGAUCUAGAAGUAGAUCUAAAACUCCCAAAGGGACAGAUCGAUGUAGGUAG